CCAUUGCUCACCUAUAUGACGUCACAACCAAGUGUAAAUAUCAAUCCAAUAUAUAGGUCAUGCACACACUCGACAGGUGACAGAAGACGAUUAUGGAGUAUCCAGCACUAGGUGAAGUUGUGGACCUUACGGAAUUACCUAAACUAGACGAGAAAGUGCUGCUAAACGAACUGAAAGCUCGUUAUGCAAAAGAUAAAAUAUAUACAUACAUUGGGGACAUCUUAGUUGCAGUGAACCCUUUUCGGGAUCUUGGAAUCUAUGGAAAAGAUGCAUCUGAUAAAUAUAAGAUGUCUAAGCGGGCAUCCCAUCCUCCACAUAUCUAUGCAGUGGCUGAUGCCACAUAUCAAGCCAUGAUGGGUCAUAGUGGAAAUGACCCAAACAACCAGUGUAUACUUAUCAGUGGAGAAUCAGGUGCAGGAAAAACUGAGAGCACCAAGUUAAUCAUUAGGCAGCUUAUUGAGUUGUGCAAAGGCAACACACAACUGGAACAACAGAUAUUGCAGGUGAAUCCUCUGCUUGAGGCAUUUGGUAAUGCCAUGACAUUGAUGAAUGACAACUCCAGUAGGUUUGGAAAGUACAUACAGCUAAAAUUUAAACAUGGAAAUGUCAUGGGGGCCAAAAUUUCAGAAUACUUGCUAGAAAAAUCACGCCUGGUCAGACAGAGCAGAGGAGAGGAAAACUUUCACAUCUUUUACUACAUGCUUGCUGGGCUGUCACAAGAACAGAAGCAGAAAUACAGUCUUGGUCCAGCAGAUAGUUAUAGAUACCUAUCCAAUGGGGCUCAGUGCCUGAAGAAGCAUGCCGAAAGACUAAGCAUGGCCUAUGAAGAGGUGGUGAACCACAUGGACCUGGUUGGGUUCAAUGCAGAUGAACAAGAAGACUUGUUUGUGAUUUUAUCAGGUGUCCUGAACCUUGGAAAUGUAACAUUUGAAAUGAAUGACCAUGAGGCAGCUUUUGUCACUGAUAAAACCAAAGUCCAGGCAGCAGCAAGCCUGCUUGGUGUGGAAGCAAAAGAUUUGGAAGAAGUGCUGACCUUCACAGAGACCUUUGCAAGAGGAGAGUCCAUCAGGAGAAAUUAUACAACAGAACAAGCAGAGGACUCUAGAGAUGCCACAGCUAAAGCAAUUUAUGGCAGAAUGUUUGGGUGGAUUGUGAAUAAAAUCAACCAGCUGCUGGCUCCAAAAGAAAUUCUAGGACCAGAGGCCAUGGAAAUAGAUAUUCUGGAUAUCUUUGGCUUUGAGCACUUUGAAAGGAACAGCUUUGAGCAAGCUUGUAUUAAUUUGGCCAAUGAGCAGCUGCAUUUCUUUUUUAACAAGCACAUAUUUUUUAUGGAACAAGAAGAAUACAAGAGAGAAGGUGUGGACUGGACAGAGAUCAAAUUUGUGGACAAUCAACCUUUGCUGGAUCUGUUUAUAGCCAAGCCCAUUGGUCUGAUAGCUCUACUGGAUGAGGAGAGCCAGUUUCCAAAGGCAACAGAUUCCACAUUUGUGCAGAAAUUGAACAAGAACCUGCAGGGCAACAAAUAUUUCAUUAAGUCACCAAAUGCAAAGUCAGACCUGUUCACCAUUGCACACUAUGCAGGAAAGGUGGAGUACAGUGCUAGUAGGUGGUUAGAAAAGAACAGAGAUACCAUACCAGCUGGUGUACUGGAGUUAUUACAGCGGAGCAAAAACCACUUACUGCAGCUGGUUUUCAAAGCUGCCUUCACAAGAACUGGAACCUUAGCUUUACAAAACAGAAGUUCAAAAAAACGUACAACUAGACUGAAAAAGGGGACCCCAGAUCCAGUAACUUCUAAAAGAAAACUGACAGUUGGAACACAGUUUAAGAAUUCUUUACAAGUGCUAAUGGAGAGGAUGAGUGUUGCCACUCCACAUUUUGUACGCUGCAUCAAACCGAACAAUGACAAAUUACCCAAAGCAUUUGAUGAUGCAUAUGUUAAUGCCCAGCUUCUCUACACUGGAAUGUUGGAGACCACAAAGAUUAGGCGGGAGGGAUAUGCUUACAGACCUCUGUUCUCUGAUUUCAUAGAAAGAUAUGAUAUUUUGCUGAGACAACCUAGGAAGGAUGAUGACAAAGCUGCCUGUUUGCAGAUUCUACAAACAGCUGGAUUAAAUGGCUACCAUCUUGGAAAAACGAAAGUAUUUAUGAAGCUGCACCACAUUGAGUCACUUGCUGUCAAAUUGGAAGAGAUAUCUUUAGUUGCAGUUGUGAUACAGAAAGUCAUAAGAGGAUUCCUGGGAAGGAGAUAUGUGAAGAAGAAGCAAGCUGAGGCUCUGCAACAAGCAGAAAGAGUCCAGCAACUUCUGCAUGAGAUUGAGAAGUUAGGAAUUCAAGGUUACGAAGGGCAGCAGAAAAUUGGAGAACCUCUUCCUGAAGGGUAUUUUAAUGAAGCUGUCUAUGAUGAGCCUGCAGGAGACUAUGGUUUCCCUCCCCCACCACCUCCUUUGACAGAAGAUCAGAUAACAGAUACAACAAAUGAAGAGACAGCUGGAACUGGCUCAGACACAGAUGAUGAGGUCCUGGAAGAUGAGUUUGUUCCUGUGAAGACAACGGGAAUGACCAAGUAUGGCCCGGCAGGUACCAAGCAGGCCUCCAUGAGGUGGUUUAGAGCCACUCAGUAUGACAAGCUACGGCAGCCACAUGGAGGGUUUGCUCCCUGGUUUCAUGGGAUUAUCACGAGGAGGCAAUCUGAAGAGCUCCUGAGGGGCAAGCAAAUAGGUUGUUUCCUUGUCAGAGUUGGGGAAAGCAGAUUUGGAUAUUCACUCUCAUUCAAAUCUGAAAACAGAUGCCGCCAUUAUAUGGUUGACCAGACAGCUAGUGGCAAAUAUGUUAUAGUAGGAGAACCAAAAGUUCAUAAGACAUUGAAUGAUUUGGUUGCAUACCACCAGAAGCACUGUAUCUCUAACUGGUCAGGGCUCCUUACAGUACCAUGUGGUCAGGCCCCAGGAGAGUGUGAUUACCAGGAGUUGGUGGAUCCAACAACAAAUCAUAGUUAUGAGGGAAUGUAUUUUGAAUUAGAGCCAGAGAAGAAACAUUACCAGAUUUCAUUUGACAAAGAAAGAAAGUCAAAGGGAACUGCCAGAUUGUUCAGUGAUAGUUUUGAUGUGAUCACAGAAGUGGGGAGAAGCAAAGGCUCAGUGGGGCCACCAUUACCAGAUCGCCAUUACAGCUAUGCCACAGCCCUAGAAGCUGAAAGGGGAAAGAUGGGUGGACGACCUCUGCCACAAAAACCUCCAGAGGAGGCCUAUUUAAGAUUGAUUCAGGACCAGGAAUUGCAACAGCAGGAAACUGGAAGAAAAAGGAUGUCCACCACUCGGUCCAAGUUGCCCUCACACAAGUAACAGGAUGGUGAUUAUUAUGAUCUUGUACCACCUUGGACUAAUCAAACUUGAAGCAGACAUUAUGCAAUGACUAUUAUAGUUAUUAUAUACAUAAAGUAUAAACUGCAUAUUUUACACAAAUGCAUUUUCAAAAAGUCAUGAAGGGAGGUGAUUUUUUCAGCAUAAAUGAAGGUUAGAUUAAGCAAGAAGUAUGUUAACAGUUACAUGGCAAUUAUGCUUAGAUGUUGUGAGAAAGGUAGUUUGUUUUUCACCUCAGUAUCAAUCAGAAAAUGAUGAAAAUCAAGUGAGUAUUAAAGGAUUUAUUUAUUCCAGACAGUAAGUGGAAUAUUAUUACAAGUUACAAGUUCCAUACUGUGUAAUUUUUUACAUUCAAGAAUGUCAAGUAUUUCUAGAUUUCCUCUUCUGAACUUAAAAUAAAAAAAAAAACAUUUAUAACAUAUAAAUUGGACUGCCCUGCCAUUUUACAGGUGCAUAGUAUUGUUUACGGGGAAAUCUGUUUAUGCAACAAGUAUUCUAAAAUAGUUGUGAUAUUUUACAUGGUUUUAUCAUAAUAUUCAGUGAACAGAACAUUUUAAAUAAUCUGACUAAUGCUUAUAUCUUAUUUAUGAUUCUUAUAAUAGAAAAUAUUUUUUCUUUUGAUAAAUUAGGCCAGAAAAGUUUACCCAGGGUCAUAACAUAAGUUAUAUUCCCUCAUGUGGCCUGGUCCCAGGAAAGUAGUAGAGGGGGGGUUGUGAGAGGGGAGGUUAACUUCAUAGCUUUAAGCCUGUUGUGUUCAGAUUUUAGUCAUAAUAACAAAUUUAGACGUUAAAAAGUAUCUUUAUCUGUGAUACUUUUUGUUACCAAACAUCUGGCAGAUUGUCAGGGUAUUAUGGUAUUAUUAUGGUAUUAUUCCACAUAAUUUUUAUUGGUUUAAUUGCCAGUUGAAAUCUGGACAACUAUUUUUCUACAUCAGUCAAGUGACCACAUCUUGAGAUUCAUUCUUUGUGUCUUUUUAAAGUACAUGCUAUUUUUGUUUUAAGAGUAGAAUAAAGAAUAAUAUAUAUAUGUAA